ACCGAAAAUGAAACAGAAUACAGAAGCUUCAUUCCAUUCACGAUUCUAGGUUCUGUCUGUAUAAUUUGCGUUUUAAUUCUUUGGAUAUUCAUUCGAAGACGCUUGGCUGCCAUAAAUAAGAAUAGGAUUCCCGAUGUUAACGAUCCCGAAAUUGCCCGAGCUGAGGCUAGUCUGGUGGAAACCUUGGACGAAUUUGCCAGACAAAACUACGAGCGUGCACGAAUAUUUCAAGAUGAUUAUCCACCAGACAGCAUCCCUACGGAUAUUACGUUAUCACAAUUUCUGUCAAUUCAAGAAAAGGGCGUAUCUGCAUGGGAGUUCGAACCCGAUCUUCACCAUACCAAUUGCUUUGUAGAAUGUCGUACCGAGAUUUCAUUUUAUGAUGGUGAAUGUUGUGUGCAAACAAAUCUUCCACUGCCUAAGCAACAAGAGAUUUACUAUUGGGAAGUAAAAAUGUUUGAUAAGCCAGCGUCAACAGUUGUUGCUGUUGGAUUGGCAACUAAACCUUAUCCAUUAUUCAGAUUACCAGGAUGGAAUCGCCAGUCUGUUUCUUAUUUUUCGGAUAACGGCUUUAAGUAUUAUAAUUCACCUUUCAACGGAAAAUCAUAUGGACCUCAAUAUCAACAAGGAGAUGUUGUUGGGAUUGGAUAUCGUCCGCGAACUGGCACCGUCUUCUUUACACGUAAUGGAAAAAAGUUAGACGAUGCAUUUACCGGAAUGAAAAUGAACCUUUUUCCAACUGUUGGAGCAAAUGGGCCAUGUUGUAUUCACGUCAAUUUUGGCCAAAUAGGAUUUGUUUUUGUUGAAGCAAAUGUGAAAAAAUGGGGGCUUGCUCCAAUUAUGGGAACACUUGCCCCACCACCAGCUUAUGGUUCUGAAGGUGGUUCAAUUUUAAUACAGUCAAGCUCUAGGGGACAUACAUCAGGAGAUAUUAAUCAUAUUCAGUAUUCACAUGCAAGCAAUGGAGUACCUCCGGAAGCGGCUUUGGACAUUUCUUUGACCGACAUCACCGUUUCACCGCCGUCUUACUCUUCCGUAGAUCGAUACUGUGAGCGCCAUUCUUUCAUGUCUGACAGUUCUGAAACCUAUUUGCUAGCUGAUGAGCAAGGCAAUUCCCGGAGGACAAGUUAUGAAAACUCAUCCAGAGAUCAACAACGAAAUGGCUGA